UUUUGUAUUACGUCACUUCCUAUCUCCCAUCGCCCAGUAACUCGGAAGAGAUGGUGUAACUAAUGAUAGGAAAAAUCGGGUUUUAUAUAUUUUUGAAACGUAGUGGCUGUUUGCUUAAACGGGCAAAUGUCAAGUCGGGCUUUGCGAAGACUUAAAGGGAACCCCCGGGGUCAGGAGGCCCUGCAAGCGGCUGACCCGGAGCUUGAGACGGGGGAAGAGGAGGAAGAGACACAGACAGAACCUGCAAAGAACACCAGUCGGAAAGCAAAGAGAAACAAGAAACAAAAAAAUAUCUGUAAUAUCUACGAGCUGAUAAAUGAAGCUGAGAAUGAGACUGAUAAAAACCGUGAAGCUGAAGCCCCAGCAGAAGAAGAGCAUGCAGAGUCCAAGCUAGACCCUGACAACCAUGAAAAGAAGGAGAAGAGUGAUAAUGGGGAGACAGAAAAGCAAGAGGAGACCCAGGAGACAGAAAAGUCGAGCGUGAGUGUUAAAGCAAGCAAGAAAAAAAAGAAAAAGAAAAACAAGAAGACAACAGCAGGGGAUGCUCAGGAGGAAGGGUGCACUGAUGACAUUGACAGUAUCCUAGAGACAAUUGAAAAUCAGACUGGCCUGUCCUAUCAGAACGAGGGCUCCAGAAACGCUGACACCAGGCCUGUUCUUUAUGUAGAACACAGAAACCUGAAUCCUGAAACAGAGCUGAAGAGAUAUUUUGGGGCUCGAGCAGUCUUGGGGGAUCAAAGCAGACCAAGGCAAAGACAGCGCCAGUUUCACCGCAGCACAUGGAUGACAACACUAAAGAACACCUGGCCACGAUUCAGCAAACCUGGGAUUUCCAUGAGCCUUCUGGAGACGAAAGAUGGAGUCCAGUAUUUCACUUUUGAACACAGCAGGGAGUAUCAGCAAGUUCAGUUCAAAUUCCUGGAGGCAGUAGAGUCUAUGGACCCAAACAACAUUGUGCUCCUCUUGCAAAUGAAUCCUUAUCACAUUGACUCCUUGCUCCAGCUCUCUGAUGUCUGUCGCAUUCAAGAUGAUCAGGAAAUGGCUAAAGACCUGAUUGAGAGGGCCCUGUACAGUUUUGAAUGUGCAUCCCAUCCUGUGUUCAGCCUAACCUCUGGAACAUCCAGACUUGAUUAUUUACGACCUGAAAAUAGGGCAUUUUACUUGUCACUGUACAAGCACAUGAUGUUUCUGGAGAGAAGAGGGUGUCCCCGGACAGCACUGGAGUACUGUAAACUCAUACUAAGUUUUGACCCUGAUAACGACCCUCUGUGCAUGCUGUUGCUGCUUGAUUUCCUGUCACUGCGAUCACGGGAGUAUUCGUUCCUGAUUCGGAUCUAUGAGGAGUGGGAGGCCCACCGGAACCUGUCACAGCUUCCAAACUUUGCCUAUUCAGUGGGGCUGUGCUAUUACUUCCUCAGUCAGCAGGAGGACCUGCCCGCUGCAGAGUGCGCUCAGAAACAACAGAUGGCUGAUCGCUUCCUACAAAAUGCGCUGUUGAUGUUUCCAAGCGUGUUGAUGCCUCUAUUGGAGAUAUGUGCUGUAGAGCCUGAUGCUGCUGUCUCGUCACAUGCAUUUUUUGGACCAAGGACUCAAAUUGGGCAGCCCCCUGCCCUGAACGAGCUGGUGGCCCUCUUCGUCGGGAGGAGUCACUCUCUGUGGAAAGACCCGGCUGUGAUGCUGUGGCUGGAGAGCAAUGUUAAAGAAGUGUUGCAGAGAGUAGAUGCCAGUGAACCUGUGGUGGAGGAGUAUGAAAAGAAGAGGAAGCUGAGGUACCAAAGUGCCCCAAGAAGCAUUCACCGCCAUGUUAUCUUGUCAGAGAUAAAGGAGGCCACAGCUGCUCUGCCUCUGGAAGUGACUGCUCAGCCAGUGAUGGGGUUUGACCCCUUGCCUCCUUUAGAUUCGGUGGUUUCUUACACCAGACCUGAAAGAGCUAAUAGAGUUGCUACUGAUGAAAGCACUUUGUCGCUGUUUUUACGAUCUCUUCUGCCAAACUUCAACCUACAGGGUGGUGUAAGGCCUGAGGAGGACCUGGAAGUGGCCCGGGCUGGGCGACAGCUGAACCAGGAAGUGAACCGGCUAAUGGGGGCUAUGAGGGACAUGCUGGCUAAUAUCCAGUUUCAGGAGCCACCGCGUGAGGACAACCCAGAGAGGGACGACGAGGAGUGGGAUUGAGACGAUUGAGACAGUUGAGGACCAGUUUAGUUGUCUACAGGACAGUAGGCUGCUGGGCCAGGGCUAGGGAAGUUGGAAGGGUACCAGGCUUAGACAACAGCAAUAACAAAUAAACCAUUAUAAAUUCAAUAAUUUAUCAUAUUCAGUUAGAACCUCCAUUCUUGAGGCUCUAAGACAAAAUUAACCGUGCUAAUUUAUCUGUUCUUAAUAAAGCAGCAGCUUUGGAAUUUUGAUGGCACAACUGCAAGACCAUGAAUAUGCAUUUAAAAUCUCCUUCAGCAUGAGGCUGUUUAUUAAAAAUGUAAAUUUGAAAAUAAA